AUGGCUUCAAGCACCGGGGUAUCACCUCCGCUCUGGGGGGUGCGGCUUCCAGAACGCACGUGCGCCUUUAUGUUGUUUUACGCUCUUUUAAUGAAUGCUGUGGCGACCCCUGUCGAGAAAAGCAUCGCAUCACACAACUUUUCCCAGGACUCUUUGCCACCGCUCAACGGUUCUUCUUUGAACGCAUCAAAGUAUAUAUAUUCUCGAGGCUUCGUCAGGACUCUGCACUUGACUAAUCCGUGGUUGCGAUACUCCAUUGCGAGCUUGGAACAAAAGCUGCGGACGGUGAAGCAGCUGGAAAAGAUUGCGAACGGCUCCAGGCUACGCUACCGCAAAAAGCCAGAGAGCGCUGCAAAGCUUCUUGCGCAGCUGUCACUGGAGCGCGCAUUCCCGCUGCGGUCAAGACUGUUAGGCUCUGAGAGGCGCCAGUACGCGAAGCACAUGAAGGAACUGACGCAGGCUUUGCUGCAAGCAAAGGCAGGGACAUCUGCUCUGGAGUUAAUUAUGGCAUCAAAAACUCUCCCGCUGUACUCUUGGACCGAAAGUUUCCUGAACCACCCAAUUGUCACGUUAAAGAAUACUGUUGUUCAGGCAUUUGAGGACACGAUUGGUGGAGUGUCCGGUUUGUUUUCCACAAUGAGAGGGGACCCAAUUGGCAGCGGACUAAUGGAUCGUCUCCUGAAACGAGAUGCAGUCGUCCUUACGACUAUUUUGUUCCAAAUGCAUGCUGUCAACGUUGAAAAGCAGUGGGAGGAGGCCGACGAGCUCAAGAGUGCCCUAUCCGGUGGAGGUGGAGGUGGUUCGUGGGCGCUUGCCGAGGGACUGUUCAUUGGCGCUGCAGAAUUCAGCCGUUCGUUUCACCGCGUAGUUCGCAAAUACAUAAGCAGUGCGAAUGCAUAUGUGAAGGCUUGUCAAGCCCUAAGAUCCAGCGCAUUUGACCACUCAAGUCAAACCCGAGAAUCCCCACCGGCUCAGCUCCCUACUGAGGACAUAGAUCUGGAAAGUAUUGUUGAUGAGGCACUCGAAUUUUUCUCUGAGGCACAUCCUGAAGCCUCAGGAGGUGAUGAGCCACUUACCACUGCGCAAAAGGUGGAAUUACUGCGGCGAAGUUGCACGAAUAACCGGCGAUUCGUGCAGAAUUUCAAAGAAAAGCAAGCCGAGUAUACUCAACGCGUAGUUCUUCAGAUGGUGCGCCUCCUCCAGUACCACUUCAAAUACUUCAAGACGUACAUUUCAGACAUUCUCUCGAUCUUCUACGAGUCCUCGGUAGCGAUGCUGGAAACAAAAAUAAAUGACUCAUUGGGCGGUGCGGAAGGAGCCAACAGCCCGGCCGAUGAAGUGGUGGCAGCGGAGGCGCGCCAUGCUGCCCGAAGAAGCGCUGCUCAAGCAGCGACGGAAGACUCUCAUCUCCCUAGGAAGCUAUUUCGAGCGACAAAGUUUGCUUCAGAAGCUGAAAAACUAGCAUAUGGCCUAUUUACUGCAACCGGAGCGCUGUCGCUCUUCCAGGUCACAAAUGGAGAAACACGGGAGGGCGCAGCUGCUCAGGCCACAGCACUUCAUUCUCUAACCAAGGCGACGGACAGCAUGCGAAAAGGCCUGGGUGAUAUAUACAAGCGCUUUCUGAAUAGCCAGCUUCUGUUAUCCAAGGUUGAGAAGCAUGAAGAACGUAUAAAAAUAUUUGAGCUCAUCGCCAAGUGCCAGACGCCUCUAGAAGAGAAAACGGAGGAGGAGAAGCGCUUAUGCGGGACAACGGUUACCAGCGAAAUCGAUGAAGACGAGUUUAUUGUCAAGUCGCUGGUGUCUUUGAACCUUCCGAUAUCCUCUCCAGAAAACGACAUCGCAUUUCAUUCCCAUGGUGGCGUCACGCGGGUAUUCGAGCAUUGGGCUCAGUUCACCAGUGACAAAAGGCUAAAACAUCAUGCGAGACUCGCUCAGCUUGCUUUAAACGCAGGUUCCAGUACUGUAUUCAUAACGCACCUGCGCAGAGCUGCUCUUGACAAGCUAACAUUUAGGCGUUUUGAAUACGUAGAAGGAACCGCAAAAGUCAUCCUCUACGACGAAAAUGGCAGAACGCUGACGUUCACUGAUCUCGUUACUGCUGCACGCGAUAAGAAUGGCAGAAGCAUCACCAAGCCAGAUCCUCUAGAUUGCAAUAGUUCCUUUACUGUAAAGGAAAGCAAUAAGGGGACGCUGUCAUUCUUCGUGGCUGCUGGCCAGCGACGUGGAGAAGCCUCAGGACAUCGUCACCAAAACUUUGCAGAAGCCCAAAUUACGCCUGCAAUACAGCUGGAAGGUUCCAUUGAAUACAAUGACGAACGAAGGGAGCUUCUAGACAUUCAGAAUGACCCAUCAGCCAUCAGGGACACGAUCGUAGCCCACUUUCUAGACAAGCGGGGUCGUAUCGCUGCGGAGACACUGGCUGGCGUAUUGAUGCUGCUUCACCGACGGGCCCCCAUAUUUUGGAAAAGCAGCCCAGUUGAGUUCCUGCAAAACGUGACCCCAAAAAUGUUCUUUGACAUUCUUUACGUCCUCUCAACUCAAGCCUACGACCAGUCCGAAGCAACCGUGAUGCUGGAUGGAAAGCUGUACACGUUCCCCAAGUCGUUCGGUGCCAUGAAGGAUAUUGUGCUGAGCGCUUUGAAUAGGGCAAUCGUUCGAAUGCAUAGCUUGAACGCUUCAGAUGCAGCCCUUCUUAUUGCGAUGGGGAGUGUUCAUUUUGCCUACAAAAAGAUUCAGAAACAUCGCACUGGGAGGACAGCAACCAUGCACCUUUUCCUUAAAGAAGUGAACCACAUCAUGAACAUACUCAGAACUAGCCCUGAUCAGCUCAAGGUCCUCUACCCAGAAUGCAGCUUCAUUUCACAGUGGGAACAACCUACUGAGGAAGGAGUCCUCAAGUGUGCGGUUUUCCGUUUCAUGAAAAUCGGCUCCCUCGCGGACCUUGGGGAUUCGGAGGAAGAGAUAAUCACGUACGUCACUGCUUUUGUGACCAAGCUCGCCGAGCUUAAGGGUGAGGUGACGUGGAGAUCCUAUUUGAAUCUCGACUAUUUCCUCAAGUCCGCCAAAAAGUAUGGGAAAACUGCGGCAAAGUAUAAAUACGAGGUUCUUUACAACCAAAUAAACGACCUUCCGGGGACAGAUGAAGACGAAACUGAAUUAGCCAGAUUAAUGAAGAAGCUGCACCCGUCUGUGUCAGGGCACAGGCCUCCAAGGCCCAAAAAAAAGCAGGGCUUGCUGAACAUGCUGACGAGGUUCAAAGACAACUUUAAUAUCCUGCCAAAAAUAGUCAGGGAAAGAGUCGAUCUUGAGUGGAGAAGCUGCUUGGCACGCAUGAGGCGCUUCUUCGGCAACAGAAGGUCAAUGCUGCGAAGCUGGAGGAUUUCUCCCAAGGUCAUUCAAGGUCCUCACUUUAUGGGAGCACUAAAAUUCGCAGAAGUGACCACGUAUCCAGACCUUGACAGCCCUCGAAACACAUUCAUCGAAGUAGGAGACCUGGAGGAAUUUAGCAAGGUGCUUCUGACACUGGAAUCUGUCACGGGCAUACUGGAUAGUCCUCCAAGCAUGUACAACACGGUUACACAAGUGCGAGCAACACCUUCUUUUACCCCGUCUGCACGAGAGGAGCACGAAAAACUUAUGAAGCGCGCGAAGGCGUUAGGACAAGCUACAGUAAAAAUCGCUGCAGGAUGGGUCCUCAAAACAGCUGGCGGCUCUGGAAUCGGCAUGGCUUUGGGUCUUCUGGCUCUGCAAGAUGCUUCGGGUAGAUUUGUGGACAAAGCUCUCCAACUACGCUACUUGACUUCCGAGGCCCUCACAUUCCUCAACUCGAGUCUUGAUUUGGCAUACAUUAUUAAACACCUUCCACCUCAAACUCCCAGGGACGCUGAAAUGCUGCGUUUCAACCUGAACUCUGGAAAUCGUAAUGCUUUUGUCGUUAAAGCACAGUGUGAGCCAAAAGGCCUGGGGGUGAACACCGCUGAGUCCGUCAAGGUCGUGGAUGCAAUUAGGCGUAUUGAGGACGUGCUCGCAAAGCAGGAUGGACUCCCAGACGGACCUUCUGACUUCGAAAGAUGCUCAGCCUUAGUUGGCUCCAUUCUGAGACGUCCAUUCACAUCGACAACAUCCCUUCCUCACGAUGCACUCCUUGCAUCUGAUGCUUUUGGGCUAUGUUUCCUCCUGUUGAGACUUCGAGCUUAUAUUGCUUCGGAUGCGGAAACAGUCACUAUUGACGAAUUACUGCAAACAAUCUACAUUGACAGGCUGCCGCUUGCAGAGCACCUGAGCUUCCUGCAACAGAGACGAGCUGACAUGGACGAACGGAAGUCAAGGGCGAAAUACAUUAGCCCCCUGUUGCGCUUCCUCCUUAUUGCCACUGUCGACAAACUAGGAGAGAGCCUGGGGGGACUGAGCUUCAGAUCUUACGAUUCUGAGUCAAAAAUGAUAUCCUUUCAGUACACAUUAGAGGAGGUCUCUCCUCCAGGAAAUCCUGCAGACACUCUGGCAUUUGCAGCCGAUUUACUCUUAGGGACGAACAACGAAAAAAAACACAGAUUCGUUGCCUUCGCUUUCGAUGGCCCGCAGUUCUUGAUGGAUUGGUACAGAUAUGUGCUGCCUGAAAAAAUGCGCAGCCUUGUGGAUGCUGCUAGAGAGCAGAAUAUUCCCAUAACGUACCAGGAUAUGAUGAAACUAAGCAACGUCUACACAGUCACCGACCUUGCGGACCUAGCAUACAGCUUGCGCCAAAGCUCAAAGAUAAACGUGGACACUAUCGCAAGGAAGGCAGCUUUAAAUUUAAUGAGCGACGCAAACAGGCCACCAUUAGAGCGCUACGGUCUUGCGCACAUGCUUAUGGAACUGGUUAACCAAGCAGCGCAGUUGAAAAAAAAAUGCAUGGGGAAAGCACUGGAAGAUUAUGAGACAUUUAGCAGCUUGACAGUGCUAGACAAAGAGCUCUUCAGGUAUGAUUGCUUCUACACCAAAAUGAAUGAGUCUCACUCGUUUGCUGAUGUUGCUAGGAGUGUUUCCGAGAACGACAUUCACGACGUAAUGAAAGCAAUUGACGCAGCAUACGAAGCUGAAACAAAGGCUCUGUAUGAAAAGCUACUCAGCAGCAACAUUGAUCAUACUGUGGUGGCAAAUGUGGCCUUUAAAACUGCCCAGGAAUUCCCAAUAAUCGGCAUGGUCGAUACCCUUACCUCAGACUUUCUUAAAUGGGUGCGGGAGAAACGAAGUUGGCAAGAAAUCCUUCCUAGUAUAAAAGCACAGAGAAGUGCCAAAUGGGUGGCCAGUUACAGAACAACUACUCUAAAUCGGCCCGUCACCAACAGAGAGCACCCACUACUCAUGAAUCCCUAUCAGAUACUGAUAGACAUCAUGCUUGCAAGCAUUACUGGUUCUGCCAAGCGGAGACAGCUACCAGUACUAGCUCCACUUCAGCGUCUGAAAGCAAUAUUCGCCAGCAUAAAGCCCGGAAAGAAGAGCAGAGCAGGAUAUAAAGCAGAUGUGAAAAAACGCCAGCGUGCUGCCGAAACUCAAUUCGAGGAGUACACUAAGGGCCUUAGCGCGGGGAAUCAAGAACCUCAAGUGCUCGAAAAUCCUGAAAGCACUCAAGGGUCAGAGGACUUCCAGGAGUCUCUGGAGCCUCUAGAACCUCAAGGCACAAACCCGCCCGCAGACGCGCCGCAAGAACAACCGUCUCUAGAACCACCUCAGGCUAUGUUGCCCGAAGAUACACAAAUAACUCAAUAG